CCCAUAAGAUCUAAAAAUAUCAAGCCAAUUAUUGGUUGUGAUCAAGAGGAAUGUCAUAUAUAUUACAUAUUGGGUGUAAUAAUUAUUAAAUAUAGUUUGGAAACUUCCUUAACACAUUGUACCAGACGCUUAACAAAGAAAAAUGAAUUUUAUAUCGAUUCUCUUAUUUCUCGUUCCUUCGUAUUUGUUUCACAACGAAAACAAUAUGUGUGAAAGAUUUGACGAUUGCUGUCAAGAAUGGGAUGAUUUUUCUAUGAAUUGUAAAGUCUGUUCACCCGGAUAUAUUGGACCGAACUGUUCACAGAUAUGCCCAUAUCCAAAUUACGGCUCAGAGUGUCAAGGAAGGUGUAAUUGUGAUGAACGCCUCUGUGACAUAACUACAGGAUGUUACGACGAUUCUGAGGGUUGCAGACGAGGUUAUUUUGGUGAUCGCUGUGUGCAUAGAUGUAGAUUUCCAAAUUAUGGGAAAUACUGUCAGCAAGUGUGUCAGUGUAAACAGUCUGAUUGUGGUCAUGUAACCGGAUGUAGACAAAUUCAAGUCACAUACAAUAACUCUGUAACCCAGUCACAGAGUAAGGAGGAAAAUUCAACGGAAGUUCCAAAUUUAGUUAUUAUAAUUUCAAGUGCUUUGACUUUUGUGGUCGUUUUGUCAGUAGUCAUUAAAUUUGUAUUUUGUCGACGCUCAGUUUCAUCGAGCGAAUCGCAGCAAGUGUCAGUACUUGAGAGAAGAGGUUGUUCGAACUCGAUUAACUAUUUUGUUGAUAGUCCGAGUCAACGAUACAGUUCAAUGUAUGAAACGCCCCGGUGUCAAACCGAGCCCGACCAAAUUUUCUCGAAUCAACAACGGGAGAGUUCAUGCACCAAAAUAUAUCCUUUGUCAUCUGACUACUAUGAGCCUGUUGACGCUUACGCGCAACUGCAGAAAGUAGAUGGAGCUGAGUGUACUAAAGGAAAACCCUUUCCCUGAUUGAUGAAUGUAAAAACGCGAUAAAAGACUUUUCAGCUACCCUACAGGACAGAAAACCCGCAAUAACUCUUUACAAAUCCCACGAAUUGUUCUGAAACAAUAUACUGAAACGAAUGAGAACCACGACAACCUAUUUGGGGGACAUUUCAUAAUGCCUAGAUGUUUUGAGAACAAUGUAAGGAUAUCUUCAAUUCGGCGAUUUAACGGUUGAAUGAUUUUCAUACCAUUACCUAAGUUCGAGUCCGUUUUACAGAUAUCAAAAAUGCAUAUUUAACAAAACAAAACUAAUAGCACAGGGUUUUACAUGUUUAUAUCUGUUUAUUAUCGGUAAUGCAGCAAUUUUUUGAAAAAUAAAUUAUCGUUUCCUUUCCUUAAGCUUCUUAAAAAUGACUUAUGUAGUCAUUUUUAAUGCUCUAGCUGGAAAUUCUCAAAAUGAAGGUGAAACAUGUUGGUAGUUGGAGUUGCUACUACAUCACGUCUCAACAGGCUCUUAUGCAUCAUAAAUGCAUUAUCAUGAAUUACAGUCCGUGGAACGGAAGUCCAAAUUUUACUUUAUUGCAAGUUGAGAAACAAUUCAUCUUAUUCAAUUCCAAGAUAGGUAUUCGAACUGGAUAAAAAUACGUUUUCGAGAUUAAUAACUCUAUUGCAUCGUAGAAAUCAAGCUGCAAAUGUUGUCAUUUGCAUACACGUACAAGCUGAAAUUGAAUGACUGAGGUAUUUUAACAUCAUGAGUAACAAUUGUAUUUUCUAAAGUAAAAGAUAAUCAUUUCUUUUUGUCAUCAUUCAUCUGAUGUUUUUAAAUUGUGUUUAACCUUAUUGUAUUCAUUCUUGAAAUCAUUUGAUAAAAAAAAACCAAAUAUUUGUAGAUUA